AUGGACGACACCGACCCAAGCUUCCUCUUCCCAAACCGGCCGCUCCUCAUCGCCGCACUCGUUAUCCUCUCCCCCAUGGUGCUCCCCGCCCUCCUACGGCUCCUUGGUCUUUUCCUGGGCUGGAAUCUCCGCCGCAAGACGCACGCAACCCGCGAAGCGAUCCUCCAACUUCUCAAGCUAGAGCGGGAAGAACACGACCAGUCCAGCACACACGCGCACGAAAACGGCGAUAGCGACUGGGAAAAGCUCGACUCCGAUGUUCCAACAACACCAGCCGAUGGCAAGACAAAGCUGCCGGAGGACCGCAGCUGGGAUGGUAUCAUCGGCUUCUUCCAUCCCUUCGCCGCAGCUGGCGGUGGCGGUGAGCGCGUCCUCUGGGCCGCCAUCCGCGCCCUGCAACUCCGCUACCCCCGCGCCACAUGCCUGAUCUACACAGGCGACCGCGACAUGACCAAGUCGGCUUUGCUGAACCGGGUCCACGCUCGGUUUAACAUCCCGCUUGACAGCUCCCGAUUGGCGCUGGUUUACCUCUCUACAAGGCCCUGGCUACUUGCAAGUACAUGGCCUAAGUUUACCCUCGCGGGCCAAAGUUUGGGAAGUAUCAUUGUCGCGUGGGAAGCGCUAGGGAAAGUUGUGCCGGACAUGUUCAUCGACACCAUGGGGUAUGCCUUUGCAUUGGGGCUGGCGAAAUGGUUUUUUGGAAGCGGGAUGCCGACCGCGGCGUAUGUGCAUUACCCGACUAUUUCGACGGAUAUGUUAUCGUCGCUGGAGGACGAGGAGGGGACUCCCUUAACGAGAGGGUUGAACGCCGGUCAGGGGAGGGGAUGGCGCGGGAAGGCGAAGAGGAUGUACUGGCGGGGGUUUGCGAAGGCUUAUUCGUGGGUUGGAGGGAAGGCGGUGGAUGUGGUGAUGGUGAAUUCGAGCUGGACGGGGGGGCAUAUUAAGGAGUUGUGGGGCUCCUAUCGAAAGGAUGAGAACAAGGACAUUGAGAUUGUCUAUCCCCCCGUCGCAGUGAGCGAGCUCAUCCGCCGCAUCGAGGUCACGCCUGAAUCUGAAUCCUCCCGCGAGCCGGUGCUGCUUUAUAUUGCGCAGUUUCGCCCGGAAAAGAACCAUACCCUGAUCAUGCAGGCUUACGCACAUAUGCUCAAGAACCCCUCCACUUCGUCAGAGACAGUCAAGUCUUCGCGUCUAGUCCUAAUCGGAUCCGUCCGCGACGACGGGGACGCCAAGCGUGUGUACCAGCUUCGUCUGUUGGCCAACGAGCUCGGCAUACGGGACCGCGUGCAAUUUGUUUUGGAUGCCCCCUGGGAGACGGUGCUAUCCUGGUUGGGAAAGGCAAGCGUGGGCGUCAAUGGGAUGUGGAACGAGCAUUUUGGGAUUGGCGUGGUCGAGUACCAGGCGGCCGGGUUGAUCAGCGUGGUGAAUGAUAGUGGCGGACCAAAGGGGGAUAUUAUAGUUGAGGUGGAGGGGGGUUUGACUGGCUUCCACGCAACCACGGUCGAAGAGUACGCCGUAGCGUUUGAGAAGGCGUUGACGCUGCCCGAGCCAUACGAGGUUCGGCGUCGCGCGAGGGUGUCGGCGCUGAGGUUUACGGAGGAAGAAUUUGCACGCAAGUGGAUCGUGCAGAUGGAGAAGCUGGUUGCUAUGACUCGGCGGUGA